AGUAGUGCAGGUGCCGCUGCGCCGGGGCCGGGGAGGCGCGCGCCGAGCCGAGCGGAGCCUAGGAGGGAUGGAGAGCUGGCCGCCCGGGCUGCAGGAGCACCGGCGCGGGGCGUAGGCGGCGCGAGGCGGGCGCGAGGCGGGCGCUCGGGCGCGAGGCGCGUGCGGGCGCGGGAGCACUUUGCGAUAGGAUGAGGCUCCGGGCUGGCGCGGUAGUACUAUGAUUUGGUAUGUGGCCACUUUCAUAGCAAGUGUGAUCGGCACCCGAGGGCUUGCGGCUCAAGGCGCCCACGGCCUGCGAGAGGAGCCCGAGUUUGUGACGGCAAGAGCUGGGGAGAGCGUGGUCCUACGAUGCGAUGUGAUCCACCCAGUGACGGGACAGCCCCCACCCUAUGUCGUAGAGUGGUUCAAGUUCGGGGUCCCCAUCCCCAUCUUCAUCAAGUUUGGCUACUACCCACCGCACGUGGACCCUGAGUAUGCAGGCAGGGCCAGUCUUCAUGAUAAGGCAUCUCUGCGGCUGGAACAAGUUCGCUCUGAGGACCAGGGCUGGUACGAGUGCAAAGUGCUCAUGCUGGACCAGCAGUAUGACACCUUCCACAACGGCAGCUGGGUUCACCUCACCAUCAACGCCCCUCCCACCUUUACAGAAACACCCCCCCAGUACAUCGAGGCCAAGGAGGGUGGUAGCAUCACCAUGACCUGCACAGCUUUUGGGAACCCCAAGCCCAUUGUCACCUGGCUCAAGGAGGGGACGCUCCUCGGUGCUAGUGGGAAAUACCAGGUGAGUGACGGCAGCCUGACAGUGACAUCGGUCAGUCGGGAGGACAGAGGUGCCUACACCUGUCGAGCGUACAGCAUUCAGGGGGAGGCUGUCCACACGACCCACCUGCUUGUCCAAGGGCCCCCUUUCAUCGUCUCCCCUCCUGAGAACAUCACCGUCAACAUCUCCCAGGAUGCUCUGCUCACCUGCCGGGCAGAGGCGUAUCCGGGCAACCUCACCUACACCUGGUACUGGCAGGACGAGAACGUCUACUUUCAGAACGACCUGAAGCUGAGGGUGCGCAUCCUAAUCGAUGGGACCCUGAUCAUCUUCCGGGUGAAGCCGGAGGACUCGGGGAAGUACACCUGUGUGCCCAGCAACAGCCUGGGGCGCUCCCCCUCCGCCUCGGCGUACCUGACGGUGCAGUACCCAGCCCGUGUCCUCAACAUGCCCCCUGUAAUUUACGUGCCCGUGGGGAUCCAUGGCUACAUCCGCUGCCCUGUGGACGCAGAACCACCAGCCACCGUGGUCAAGUGGAACAAGGACGGCCGCCCCCUGCAGGUCGAGAAGAACCUGGGUUGGACCCUGAUGGAGGAUGGCUCCAUUCGAAUUGAGGAGGCCACAGAGGAGGCUCUUGGCACUUACACCUGUGUGCCUUACAACACCCUGGGGACCAUGGGCCAGUCUACCCCCGCGAGGCUUGUCCUGAAGGACCCCCCCUAUUUCACGGUGCUACCAGGCUGGGAGUACAGGCAGGAGGCCGGCCGGGAGCUGCUUAUCCCCUGCGCUGCCGCAGGGGACCCCUUUCCUGUCAUCACGUGGAGAAAGGUAGGGAAGCCCAGCAGAAGCAAGCACAGUGCCCUGCCCAGUGGGAGCCUGCAGUUCCGUGCCCUGAGUAAGGAGGACCACGGGGAGUGGGAAUGUGUCGCCACCAAUGUGGUCACGAGCAUCACUGCCAGCACCCACCUCACCGUCAUCGGCACCAGCCCCCAUGCCCCGGGCAGUGUCCGGGUCCAGGUCUCCAUGACAACUGCCAACGUGUCCUGGGAACCAGGCUAUGAUGGAGGCUACGAGCAGACAUUCUCAGUUUGGUACGGACCUCUGAUGAAGCGGGCACAGUUUGGGCCCCAUGACUGGCUGUCCUUGGCAGUGCCGCCAGGACCCAGCUGGCUGCUGGUGGACACCCUGGAGCCUGAGACCGCGUACCAGUUCAGCGUCCUGGCCCAGAACAAGCUGGGAACCAGCGCCUUCAGUGAGGUGGUCACUGUGAACACUUUAGCAUUCCCUAUUACAACUCCAGAACCCCUGGUGCUGGUCACCCCACCGAGGUGCCUCAUAGCCAAUCGGACUCAGCAGGGUGUGCUCCUGUCCUGGCUUCCGCCUGCCAACCACAGCUUUCCCAUCGAUCGCUAUAUCAUGGAGUUCCGCGUCGCGGAGCGCUGGGAGAUGCUCGACGAUGCCAUCCCCGGCACCGAAGGAGAGUUCUUUGCCAAGGAUCUGUCACAGGACACGUGGUACGAGUUCCGGGUUCUGGCCGUCAUGCAGGAUCUGAUCAGCGAGCCCAGCAACAUUGCCGGCGUCUCCAGCACAGACAUCUUCCCGCAGCCGGACCUGACCGAGGAGGGGCUGGCGCGGCCUGUGCUGGCGGGAAUCGUAGCUACCAUCUGCUUCUUGGCAGCUGCCAUCCUGUUCAGCACCUUGGCUGCCUGCUUUGUCAACAAGCAGCGCAAGCGUAAGCUCAAGCGCAAAAAAGACCCUCCACUCUCCAUCACCCACUGCAGGAAGAGCCUGGAGUCUCCCUUGUCCUCUGGCAAGGUGAGCCCCGAGAGCAUCCGCACGCUCCGGGCACCGUCAGAAUCCUCCGACGACCAGGGCCAGCCCGCGGCCAAGAGGAUGCUGAGCCCCACCCGCGAGAAGGAGCUGUCGCUGUACAAGAAGACCAAGCGGGCCAUCAGCAGCAAGAAGUAUAGCGUGGCCAAGGCAGAGGCCGAGGCAGAGGCCACCACGCCCAUUGAGCUCAUCAGCAGAGGCCCUGACGGCCGCUUCGUGAUGGACCCUGCCGAGAUGGAGCCCUCGCUGAAGAGCAGGCGCAUCGAGGGCUUCCCCUUCGCCGAGGAGACGGACAUGUACCCCGAGUUCCGCCAGUCGGACGAGGAGAACGAGGACCCACUGGUGCCCACAUCUGUGGCCGCCCUGAAGUCCCAGCUCACCCCUCUGUCAUCCAGCCAGGAGUCCUACCUGCCACCACCAGCAUACAGCCCUCGGUUCCAGCCCCGCGGGCUGGAGGGCCCCGGUGGCCUGGAAGGUCGGCUUCAGGCCACAGGCCAGGCCCGGCCCCCUGCCCCCCGGCCCUUCCAACAUGGCCAGUAUUAUGGGUACCUCAGCAGCAGCAGCCCUGGGGAGGUGGAGCCGCCCCCUUUCUACGUGCCAGAAGUGGGCAGCCCCCUGAGCUCCGUCAUGUCGUCCCCGCCCCUGCCCACCGAGGGGCCCUUUGGCCACCCCACCAUCCCCGAGGAGAAUGGAGAGAAUGCAUCCAACAGCACGCUGCCCUUGACUCAGACACCUACAGGAGGGCGCUCUCCUGAGCCCUGGGGCCGGCCAGAAUUCCCCUUCGGGGGGCUGGAGACCCCAGCAAUGAUGUUCCCCCACCAGCUGCCACCCUGUGAUGUGCCCGAGAGUCUGCAGCCCAAGGCCGGCCUCCCCCGAGGACUGCCCCCCACCUCCCUGCAGGUGCCCGCGGCCUACCCGGGCAUCCUGUCUCUGGAGGCACCGAAGGGUUGGGCAGGCAAGUCGCCCGGCAGGGGCCCUGUCCCAGCGCCCUCCGCCGCCAAGUGGCAGGACAGACCUAUGCAACCUCUGGUAAGCCAAGGGCAGCUGCGACAUACAAGCCAAGGCAUGGGCAUACCUGUUCUGCCUUACCCGGAGCCGGCCGAGCCGGGGGCGCACGGCGGCCCCAGCACAUUUGGCCUGGACACCCGGUGGUACGAGCCCCAGCCCCAGCCCCGGCCUAGCCCCCGGCAGGCCAGGCGCGCCGAGCCCAGUUUACAUCAAGUGGUGCUACAGCCCUCCCGGCUCUCACCUCUGACCCAAAGCCCCCUCAGCUCCCGCACCGGCUCCCCCGAGCUCGCCGCCCGUGCCCGGCCGCGCCCGGGCCUCCUGCAGCAGGCAGAGAUGUCAGAGAUCACCCUGCAGCCGCCGGCCGCGGUCAGCUUUUCUCGCAAGUCUACGCCGUCCACGGGCUCCCCCUCCCAGAGCAGCCGCAGCGGGAGUCCCAGCUACCGGCCCGCCGUGGGCUUCACCACGCUGGCCACGGGCUACCCUUCCCCUCCGCCCGGGCCCGCCCCUGCUGGGCCUGGGGACGGCCUGGACGUGUUUGGACAGACGCCCUCCCCGCGAAGGCCGGGGGAGGAGUUGCUCCGACCAGAGCCCCCGCCACCCACGUUACCUGCUUCAGGAACACUUUCACCUGCACCCGGGAACGCUGCUGCACCUGAGAGGCUGGAGGCUCUGAAAUACCAACGGAUAAAGAAGCCCAAAAAGUCAUCCAAGGGCUCUUCGAAGUCAAAGAAACGAUCCGACGGUUCUGCCUCCCAGACUCAGCAGCUUCCCAGCUCUCAGGUUCUGUGGCCCGAUGAAGCUGUCUGCCUCCGAAAGAAGAAGAGACAUUCUCGUCCUGACCCCUUUGCCCGGCUCUCAGACUUGUGCCACCGCCAGCUUCCGGAAGACCAGACAGCGAUUCUCAACAGUGUGGACCACGAUGACCCAGGCCAUGCCACUUUGCUGUGACUCCACCCCACUCUAGGUGUCCCCGGGGCGAGGUUGCUGGGCUCAGGCAGGGAGGGCCACUGUGUGGGGGUGUGUCCUCCUCCGCCUGCCAAGGGCGGCCCAGACCUUUGUCCUGCAUGCCCCCUCUUUUGCCAGAGCGGGUGUCUCCCUCCAGAUCCUGGCCGCCUGUCUUCAGGACGGAGGGUGGGCACACCUUCCACCUGUGGGCCGAGGUCAGGAAGUGGAUUGGAGACUGGGCGACACCUGUCUCCUCCCCUCCGCCCCCUGCUUCACUAGGUUGAUUUUUCUCAUCUCUUCCAGUGUCUUUGGGAGUGAAGAGGAAAGCAAUGGCUUUUACUGCUCUCUGCUUCUGUUUCAGUUUUUCAAGUCCUGGAAGAAGGUUGGACUUAAUGUCCAUCUUCCACACCCCACAUAUAUAUAGAUAUAGAUACAGAUGCAUACGUCUGUAGUGUGUGGGUUUCUCUAUGUGUGUAUAUAUAUAUAUAUGUACAUUGAGGCAAAGUGCUGUUGCUCUCUGUGGUCAGUGGAGGCAGGAGGAGGGCAGUGGCCAGUUGGGGUUUGCGAGCAGGGCUGGCUGCACGUUGGCCAGGUGCCUGACAUCUGUCUUGGGGGAUUCUUUCUCCCAAAACAGGAUCCAUGUCUCUCAGCUGAAUUCUCCGUGUGUCUCCUACCUUCUCCCACCCAGAGCAGAAAUGGGGCCUUGCCGUGGUUACCGGCUGCCUUCUAUGGGGGUUCAGCAAUGAGUUACUGCAGAACUAAAUUCAAGCCUUUAUUUCUUGGUUUCUGGGUGAAGAAGGGGUGGCCAGGCACCUAGACCUGCAUCUUUCUUCCUGCCAGCGUGGCUCACGCUGCAGAAGUAGAGGCUACUCAGCCGCAGGGCUAAAGCAAGCCCCUGGUGCACAAAUCCAGCUCAUCCGUCGGCACCCUUCCGCCCAGCCAGGCCGUGAGCUCUGUGGCCAAAGGCUCCCCCGCUGCGGAGCCACCUGUGUUAGCGCCAAGCUGCGGGCUCUAUUUAUACCGUCUCCGGCUCAGCACUCUCUGCAGCGCUGUUCCACAGCGGCUGAUUGGAUCCUCCUUUCCUUUUGUGGGAGCUAAUUCUCCAGAUUGAUUAAUUACCACUUGUGUGGAGCUGCCUGUGGCUUUCCUGUACUCACCACGUGCUGCCUGCUGACUCUUCUCUGCCCUGGGGCCUUCCUCCUCCCGUGGACCUGAGCUCUAGGGGGAUGGGCUCAGGUGAAGCUAGGGCGCCUCCGGCUGCUGGGGCCUGGGACGCUCUGGAUCCCGUCCUCUUUGCCCAGUUCUGUUCUGUGGCUGAGGCGUAGGAAUGAAGGCCGGAGGGGUGGUGAGUAGGGUCUGGGCACUGACUCUUCCUCUGCCAAAGUCUCGUCCUGGUUCAAACUCUUAGCAUCCAGAAGCUUCCGGAGAUCAUCUUCCCACUAAGAUGUCUCUCUGCCGGUAAGAUAUGGUGCUGCCCAAGGACAGGGCAGAAGGCCCCGAGGGCGGGGUGGAGGGCAGAUCUGCCCCUCCCCCACUCUUGUGUGGGAGCCCCCCUUCUGGCUUGGCUUAGAAUGAAAGUUCCUUGAAGUAUUUCCUUCUUGGUGCUGCUGCCUUGGUGGGUUUGGGGGCACCCACCUCUCCCGAGUUCCCUGCUUGGACGUGAGCCACGGCAGCACUGGACGGCUUCUGCUGGUCUCAUGCAGCUGCCAUGGGCUUGGCCCAGUGACCUCGCAGGAUGAGGCCUUGGAUGGCUGCUGUCUCUUCUUGGCAUUUCCAUCUUAGGAGAUGGACGUCUUCUCUGCCACACCGGCCCUGGUCCUUCCUUUCACCCAGGGAGCUGAGGACCAGCUCCACCCUUGAGGUUUACCGUGCUAGUAACACCCCCGCAGUUCCUUUCUGAACACAUCUGAAGGGGUCGUGGUGAGAGGCACACAGGGGCUUCUGAGACUGGGCCGUGCACCCUUGGGGUGGAACCUGGGCCUUCCGGUCGAUGUGCUUCUCUGGGGCAUUGGAAUCCACUUGACCACUGAGCACCAGCUCUGCGAGAUGGAAGAGCACACAACUCUUUGUGUUCUUUUUUCCAGGUAGCACACCCUCUGCCCCCGUGCCGUGAUGUGCUGCUCACUUGGGCGUCUCUCCUGGGGGUUGACGGGAGCCGGCCUACCUGAGGUGUUGGGGUGGGAGGUGGGGAUUUACCGCAAGCUGACGUGCAGCCUUUGUGCACUGGCAGUGUGGGGUUUUUCCCCCAGAGGAGCUCAGGGGGCUCAGCCAGGCCCUGGGAUGCACUGGGAAGUGGGCAUCAGGCUGUCAGCCUUCAGGAUGAAUUUGGCCUAGUUUUCUGAGCACCAUCCUGGGAAUUCCAGCCCUCAGGUUAGAAGAGAAGAGGAGAUGAUGAGGUAGAAGGCUUUGCUUCUUUCGGAUGUCAUGUGGGGCUGAGAUGCUCAGGCUGUGGUUGUGCCUUCCAGGGCACCCCCGUGCUAACCAAGGUGCUGACUCCUCCUCCACUUCCUCUGGCAGUGUCUGUGACCUUAGCACAUAGACCCAACGCGGGGAGCCGUGUUUUUCGCUGCUCACUGAGUGGCCGCUGUGCUGUGGCUUCCCUGGCUAGGGCAAGGACGUCAGGUCUACCCAUCUCUCAGUGGCCUGCCUCUCAUUCAGCUCCCAUGAGGGCUUCCUCCUGUGACAGUGUUCUCGGAGGCCAGCAGCCCUCCUGCACCCCGUGGAUGGCGAUGGAAAUUGGUGGAACGCAGUCCCCUGUCUCUGUGGGAUAGAGGGUGAAGAUGUCACAGGCACAAGUUUAGGUGCUGGGUGUGGGCAUGUGUGACAGCGUGGUUGUGAGCAUGUGCGUGAUGGGGGUGUAACCACCUCUAGGGACCAAUGUCCUUCAUAGUCCGCCUUUGAACAAUGGCAGUGACUACUGAUCAGCUUCUUAGGACUUCUGCGCUCACUCUGUGGGAGAUCACGCCUUCCAAACUUCUCCUUUUAUGGUCUGGCGGCCUUGCAGUAGACACGGCUCAGAUGUCUGUCUGCCUCUUCAGCAUCGUGGCUGAGAACUGUGGCUAUUGUAGUGUCAGGUGACCCACAGACCAGGAAGAGGGUGAAACGGUUCUUAGUGGGGCCUGGACAACUGCAUUUGCGUGGGGAGAGAAGAUGUAUGACGAGGCCGAGAGGCGAAGCCUGUCUCUAUUUGCUGGUGGGCUGCCGUGGGCGCCCUGGUGCUGAGCGGGGUCCUGUGCUGGAUUGUUGGGGUGGCUCUGGGCCCAGCAUCUGGGAGUGGCCCUGCCUGCUGCCAGUCUGCCUCUAAGCAGCUUCCCUCGAGAGACUGGGGGUAGGACAGGCCUUUUGAGAUUCUACUUUCUUAACAGGAAGGAUGCCUUUUUCCCAGCAGGCUGGCGGGGUCUGUGCCCUCCUUUAAGGUGGCCUAGUCCCACAACCAUGUGCUUGGGGGAAGACUGAAGCCGGGUGGAUUGAGCCGAGUAUUUCUUGUUAUUUUUCCAUGUUCUCUGUCUUUAUUUUUGAUUUGUGAUCUAAAAUAUUUGGGGUUGAACUGAUUUAAUUUAUUUCUCUGCCCUUUUGGUGCCGAGGAAACUGGGGUAAGGUUCAAAUGUGAAAUUUUCUGAUUUUAUUUGGGGUGGGGGACAAGGUUGACAAAACAGUAGCUUCUGGGGAGAAACAGAUUUCACGGAGCCUCCAGCAUCUUUGGCACUGCCCACGAUCUGAGUCUCCAGGGCUGAAGACUGCGUGGCUGGAAUCUGUUUCUUCCCAUUUUGUUAGCAAAAGCCUUUUCCAGGCUUGGGGGUGGGGUGGGGGAAGAAUUGUACAUAAAGUACAUUUUAUUAAUAUGUAGAGAAACCUAGGAAAAGAAAAGCUAAUGGUUAAUCUUGGGCUUGCUUUGCUUGCAUGUAAAGGAGCUUUGGGGGCACUGCAGGGAUGGUUGGGGAGCUGCAGGAAGGGGCAGAGGAUGGAGCCGAGCAGGUCAUGGAAGGCCCUGUGAGUCCAGCCUCUGCGGCACUCUAGGAGCUGUGCACAUUCCCACUGGGGCUUCUAACCCAGCCCUGCCUGGGUAUCUUCUUCAGAUAAAGUGGAUCUAGUAGGCGGUGUGUAGAGCCCCAUGUGGCUGUGUGUGUUGCUUUACGGAGAGGGCCAAAGAGGUGUCUUAUUGGCCAGAUCUAGAUUGACUAGGGUAAUGGAUGGGGCAGUGGUGUUUCAGGAGGGGGAGUUGGAGAAAUGGAGGGUGGAGGGGAGGCAUGUGUGCUUUGUCAGGUGUUGGUGAGGCUGGAAGGGGCACAGAGGGUGAGGUCAGGCAUGGGUUAGGAUGGUGAGACCACCCUAGGGGGCACCAAGCCUCAGCAUCUCUUUGAGUCAUGUGAUAACUUAGUUACUUGUAAGGGUGCAGGGUACACACUGGGGGAUCAUCCCAAGAUGAUGAAGAAUGAUUGCCUGGUGGGCAUCUGGCUGGGGAGUGGUGGCCGUGCAGGGCGUGUGGGAGGGGGAUCUGGGCAUCGGGGACAGAUUGUGGGGUGGGGUCCUGCAUGUGAACGCAGACUGGAUCUUGGGAGAGGUCUUGCUUCUUAGCUAGAUCUUCCUUGCUUCUUCUAGAAUUAGCCUCUAACACUAAGUGCCCAAACCAAACAUGGACAUCUUCUUUAUAUUGUAUUUAAACUUCAUUUGUUUUCGGGGGCUCCUCAGGCCCAAAGCUGAGAAACUUGUCUUGAGAUGCCCAUCCUAUCACCAGCUCUUCAUCAGUGGAGAAGGAAGUGCCAUUCUCGUUUUCCUAAGCUGCAGUGGUGGGUUGCCUCUCCGUCCACAAUCUGAAAAUGUUCAUGGGCCUUGGUGAUGGUGAUGGUGAUGGUGAUAGAGAGGAGGAACUGGAGCCUGACGUGCCUUCAUCCCCCUUUCCUCUUGAGGUAGAGAGGCUUCCUUCAGGCCAUGAAGUUGCACAGUGGCUUCGUGAGGCCUUCUCUUUACUUUCUCUUCUUUUGAUAGGCUAAAGUCAGUAGUCUGUGGUGGAGGUGGGAGGGCAGAAGCGUUUCACCUGAAACUCUCGGCUUGACCAGCCGUUCUUCUCUCUUUAAUGUCUCCAGCUCUGCUUUCUUUUAGAUUAAGAGGCAGAAUUAAAAAUCUCCUCUUUAGAAGAAGUCGGUAAACCAAGGAUCAAAGCUCAGAUUGGACUUUCGCACUCUUACCAGCUUGCUGUUUGGCUAGGGGUACCCAUCACCACCCUUCCCUCUGGCUGCGAGUGAAUCCACACUGGUCUGGAGCCUUAUUUCUGUCUGUACUCUCAAAACCUUCUUUCAGGAGCAAGUAUAAUAACCCCACCAGAUGUUCUGUGUGUUAGGUUGCCAGGAAGGUGGAAGUUUUUUUCAACCUCAUUUUAAGCUGUUAGAAAAACACUCAGUAGAUUAAAUUUUGUCCAAAGACACCACCAUCCCCUGAGGGAUCCCAUGUAGGAUAAGGACAAACGAAGCAUCCAUACAGGGGUCAUUAAUGGCUGCUCACAUCUUAGAGAAGGAAGAGUCCGGAUAUCAUGGUUACCAUAUACUCUGGUGGAACAGUGGCCAGUCAUUAAAGUCACAUGGGUGUUGUCUUCUGCGGCGUAGAGGACAGUAGUAGUAGUUAGGGUUUCGGACGAGAGCUGGUGAAAAGCUGCCGGCUUUGGAGCCCUGGGUGGGAGAGCUAGAUUGGACAGUUUUAGUCCCGUGGCUCAAAUGCUCAGCUCCUGUCCCUGGUCCUUGGUUGUCACCGUUCCCAUCACACUAGAUGGGGACGUGAAUGGCUGCCUGGGCCUGCCUUUCUUUCGGGUCUUGAAGAAGUGUGCUGCUCCAAUCCUACCUCUCCGUGGUACUGGAUUUCCUGGAUUUAUUUUGGGAACUAGGGCAGGUUCUCCCUCGCCACCCCGUAUACACACCAGUUAGCUUCCCUUCCCUUUUCCUUUCCCCACUUCUGUAUGGCUCCAGGGAUCGUGAACAUGUGCGUGGUUUACGAUGGGGAGGUGGUGGGAGGGGCAGGGAAUCCCGGAGGGCAGGGGGUUGGGCUGGGGAGGGGACUUGCAUUUUCGGCCUUAGAAAUGCCGCGGGCAUGCACGUGUGGGGUUUUCACAUAAGCCAUGGGAGGGGCGAGUGCCCAGCCCUCCUCACGCUGGUGGUAGAACCUAGGGCUUUGGCCUCCUUUUGGCACAGGGGUCUAUGAAGCUCUAUUUCUGGUGGAGGGAUGGGCCUCCUCACGGUCAUCUUGCAGUUCUUGAAAGGGUAGUUGUCAGCCACUCUAUCAAUGAGGAUUUAUAUGGCCUCGCAUGAACAACGAGAGGUGUGCCAUGGCCGACGGUGUCCUGGCAGGGCUGGAGAAAGGGGAUUGUCUCCUGUGUCCCUCUGCAGGCACCAGGUUGUCCUCCUGGUCUCUAACCCCCAGCCAGCUGUCUAGUCCAGUGUUUCUUUUCUGGAUUCAGGAAGUAAGUGGGGGGUGUGUGUGUGUGUGUGGUGUAUGUGUGUGGUGUGCAUGUCUGUGUCUGGUGUGUGUGUUGUGUGUGGUGUGUAUAUCUGUGUGUGGUGUGUGUGUGGUGUGCACGUGUGUGGUGUGGUUUGUGUGGUAUGUGUGUUUGGUGUGGUUUGUGUAUUGUGUGUGGUAUGUGUUGUGCGUAUUGUGUGGUGUGUGUGUGUGGUGUGUCUAUUGUGUGUGGUUGUGUAUGUGUGUGGGGUGUGUGUGUUAUGGUAUGUGUGUAUCUGUGGUGUGCGUGUAUGUGUGAUAUGUCUGGUAUGCGUGUGUGUGGUGUGUGUUGAGUGUGGUUUGGUGUGUGUGUUAUGUUGCGUGUGGUGUGUGCGUGGUGUGGUGUGUCUGGUGUGUGUGGUGUGUGUGUUUGGUGCAUGUGUGGUGUGUCUGGUGUGUGUGUUUGGUGCGGUACAUGUACUGUGUGUGGUGUGUGUGUGCUAUGUGUUGUAUGUAUUGUGUGUGGUGUGUUAUUGUGUGUGGUAUGUGUGUAUUGUGGGUGUGGUGUGUGGUAUGGUGUGUGUAUGUCUGGUGUGCGUGUGUGUGUGUGUGAUGUGUCUGGUGUGUGUGUGUGAUGUGACGUGUGUGUGUAUGUGUGAUGCGGUGUGUGUGUGUUGUGUGAUUUGGUGUGUGUGUUGUAUUGUGUGUGUGUGUGUUGUGUGUGUGUGUGGUGCGUGUGUGGUGUGUGUGUGGUGUGGUGUGUCUGUUGUGUGUGGUGUGUGUGUGAGAGAUUUGUACAGACAUGCUGAUUUGCCUGCGUAGCGUCAGGCCCAGGAGACCCUCCUUCAUUUGGCUCUUUUGCUAGACAACUUCUGUUUGGGUAGGAGGGUCAAAUUAGUAAUGCACCAUCUUUAAUGUAUUUUUUAUGGAGACUACAUAAAAUUAUAUAAAUCUACAGAAUUGGUUCUAUUUUAAGGAGCGAGGGGAAUGUAUGUGGGAGGCAAGGAUCAGAUGCAAUCGUGGAGACUGGGAGCUUCGGGCGAGUGGCACUCGUGGGGCGUGGGGAGCCGGGAGGGCAAGAGAUGAGUGCCAGGCAAGAUGGGCAGGGGCCCGUGCCCUCUGCACACAUAUAUAAAUAUAAAGAAAACCUAGAUAAAGUCUAUAUAUCUCUAUAUCUAUAUGAAGUCAUAGUUUGCUUUAUUUUUGUACCUGUGCUUAGAGAUGUUUUGAGCAGUGCUACCUUCCCAGGCAGUCUGGAAUACUAGCUCAUGCCUUGACGCCACCUCCUUCCCUGCUCUUCCUUUGAUAUUCUCUCUGUUCAGAGUUGCUUGGGUCUUUCUGAUGGAAAUGUGUAUGUAUGAAAAGUUUGUAAAAUAACAAAACAAAUAACCCACCUGCAGGAAGGACAAGUGAGCUGAAGGUUGUGUGGAGCUGCAGGACCUGAUAGCCCUAAAGAACCAGGACCCAUGCGUCUCUUGCCACUUGGGAGGGAUGUUGACUUGAACUUCUUUGCAGAGGUGCUUAACAGGGCAAGGCUGAGGAGAUGAAAACUGUGACUCCAUCCCCAUGUGGCUGUGGAAAGGUACCCAGUUCCUCAGAGAAAACCUGGCUUCACAGCAUUAGAAAGGGGGUGGUUGAGACUACCUAGGGACCUACGGUGACGCCUGUCUUGGUUUGUAGCCCUGUAGCUCAGACAGCUCCUAGAGGGCAUGGCAAUGGAAGAGUUUGUGAGGCUGGCUGCAUGGGCUUGGUCUUGGAGAACACAUGGCCUGUUUAGUGUUGCUGCAGAUUCUUAGAGCCAGUGUGAAUGUGGUAUGUAGUAUAAAUAUGUCAUCUAUGUUUUCUUCAGUUAUUUUUAAUUGGAAAAUAAAGUGCCAUUGCAAAUAGGAUGGUCCAAUCCUGGGACACUGAGUGGAGGAUCAGGAGUGAGAGAUUAACUUUGGGCCAGACUGGGAGAAUGGGUCUUAGUGGAACCUUCCUUCUGGCCCCCAGCCGGGGACUUACAAAACUGAACAAUGUAUUGGCAGAACUGGACCCACAACGGGAGAUUCUGGGGAGCAGGAGUUCGCUUGUAUCUGAGCAGGAAGCAGUGUGCCCUGAAGAAUACCUCUCUGAGCAAAUUCCAGACCUCACACAUAUGCAAGGGCUCUGCCUUGCAGCCUCAGCAAGCGUCUCCUGGUGCUAGCUCCUUCCUGACUUGCCCGGAGCUCAGAGUGAUGUAUUUGAAGCCGGUGCUGGGCCAGAUGGUGCAGGCAGUGAGGAGAGACUCAGGACUGCAACCUUUCGGCUCCUUAUUCCUGAGUAUCACUCAGAAAAGGGCAGUACUAACCCCUUUCCUAACCAAGACGUGGCACUCCCUAAGAGCUCUUGUCUACAGAGUUCUGUCCUUAGAGGAAAGCAGAUGCCUUCAGCGUGAGAAGGGCUUGGUUGACAGUUUUGGGGUAUUAUGGGAAGAGUAGGUUGGGGUAAAGCUUGAGUCUAAUUCUUGAUCCUUACAUGGACGUAUGAGGCCCUGCCAUUCAGUCAGGCACUGUCCUUGGGUCCUCAAAUUAACUGAUGAGAACACUCCCCAGUUUCUGAGGACACUGCUGGGAAAUGGGCUCUGUCCACGCAGCUGGAAGGACCCAGCGCUGGCGCCACUGGCAGUGUGUCCAUCCUUGCCUUGAAUGAUCUUUCUUGCAGGCUCCUGCAGCUGAGUGUUUCUUGUAAGAUUUUUCAGGGGGAUUGGGCAACAAGAACUGCAAAUUCUGUUCCCUUCCCCCUUGAAGCCUUCCCAGGCCACCACAGUCUCUGCACAAGGGAGGCUUCCAUUACCGUUCUGUUGGCUCCUAGACCCACCAUCCCCUCUCUUUCUGUGGACUCUGCCCGACUUCUGGGCCACAUGCAACCAGGAGAGUAAACUGCUCCAGCACCACGGGCAUGUCCUAGGGCUUGCCCUCCCACCAGGGCCAGCCCAAGAUUAUGUCCUCAGCAGCAUCAAGGUCUGGGAGAGCCACUGGCCUACAUAUCACCAUUCUAUUCCUCAGCCUCCACCUGGACUCUUCAUUUUGGGGAGGGAAAGGGAAGAUGGGGCCAUAGCCCCUACCUUGAAAUUGUACAGUGUGGAGGGGAUGUUAGUGCCUACCUGUGACCUUUCUGCUCCACUGCUCAGCAAGAUGAGGUAAGGGUGGGUGUCAGAGGGGACCUCCAGCUUCUCUGAAGAGCCAGCCCUUAAGGCACUUGGAGCAAAGGGCAUUGAGAUCAGCUCUAUGUGGAGUAAGGAGGAGGCCUGGGAACCGCUUGUGGCAUCAGUUGGGGCGACAGGUGGAUGAGUGUGCUCUGAUGGAGCUUUUACGGCCCACAGCCACUGCCAGGAGCCUGAGCUCUUCCCCAUGCUUGGGACAUGUUCCUUGGUCCCCACAGCAGAAUGGACAUUGAAUUUUGGUGCUUUUCCCUUUUGGUAGAAGGUGGAGGUAUCUGAGGAGUUGUUUCUGUCUUGCUACCUCUGUCUGCUUUAUAGAGCAAGAGUUGAGAAUAGGAAGAUCUGUUGAGAAUCUCUCUCCCAUGGAUCAGUGUGGGCCCUGUCCCUCUUCCCCACUGUCACCAACCAACAGCUUGGGGAAAAGGCUCUGUCUCGGAUUUUUGCUGCGCGCUUCCACUCCUCUUGGCGGUAGAUGUUCAUGUUGACCCACUUUGGGCAGUCUGAAAGUAGGAGGUAGGGGAAGAGGCAAGCCCGCACAGCACACUUCCUGUCCAUAGGGGGUUGACUGUGGCAUUGGAGGGUGGGGUCUCAGAGUCCAGGGACUGGGAGGAAGGUACUUGAUGGGAUAGUCUUGAUUCUGGAACUUUAGACUGAGGUGUUAGAAAGGGGAAUUGUUGGCUAGGGGAGAACAGCAGUUUAACGCUCCACUUGCUAAGUUGUAUGUGUCAGUGUCAAAAGGUCUUGACCUCCCAUUCAGAUUUAAUUUCCUAACUGCCAUUUGUGGGGCUGGGGAUAGAGGGCCCGGAAGGGGGCGCUGUCACCAGUUGCUGUUGCUUUUCUGCAGUCACUGACAGGAAGGGACCACAUCCUGCUUCAUGUCAGCGACUCCUGCCCUUUGGUCUUCAGUUUUUUUCUCUUCCCCAGGAGGGACUUUGAUCAUGCAGGAAAGAAUUCUCCCAUCGCACUCCUGGGGGCAAGUUUUAGAUGAGCUUCUUUCCUCCAUUUCACCUGGUGGUCUGCGGACACACAGAGGGUGGGGGUGAGCAGGCAGUGUGGGUGGGGAGGGGCUCCUGAUGCUGCCUCCCCUGGACCCCUUACAAACUCUGUACCUCUCAGUGCGCGGCAGCCUCUUGCUGUAGUUCUUUUCUGGAUAUGACUGUCAGUUUCGUCAUGAGAUUUCUUGCUUUCAUUUCGAACUCUUUCUUUCUUCCACUUUCUUUGGGGGUGACCCCCGAUCCAUGCCAGGUCUUCCUGUGAAGACCGUUCCAACCUCGUUUCCAUUUCUUGAAUGUUGAGUAUUACAACAUCACUGCGCUAGGGUGCUUCAUGGUGCUGUUCUCGAAGAGGCCAGUUGGGCUGAAUCUCCUUCCUCCCACUGGCUCCUGAUAUCUUGCUGUAUUUUGUCUUCUUUCUGAUUUUUCCCUAGGGGUUUGGGGUGGGUGACUUAGGGGUGGCUUUUGUGCUCUCCCUCUCUCUCUCUUUCUUUUCUGUAUGUAUGUAUGGACUGGUUAAAGUGAGUUUGGGCAGCUGACUUUAUGGUAUGGGUUGGCUGACUUUUGUUCAACAUUAAAGACAAACCAACAAAUUGUACAGCUGCACACAGAACACCUUUGAGUGUGAACUUGAAUGGCAACUAGAGGCUUACUUUUUGAACUUCAGGUAUGUAACUCAAAAGUAAAUAAAAACACUAUUUUUUCA